UUCUCGUCCAUGACCUAGGUCAGGGCCGUUUGGCGUGGACCGAUUGGCUGUGGUGAUGCCACUGGCCAACGCCGUCAAGGAAUCUGCAUCCUGCAAUGCUCAUUGGCCAGCCGAUCAUAUGGGUGUCUUUCCAUUUGCGGUGGUGUGGGUUGGCAGUUGCUGAAGGUGCGUCGCCAGUCGCUCCUGCCUUGGUGGCAACCACUCGUGAGAAAUCACUGCAGUCGCACUUUGGGUCAUUUGGACCACUUGGAGAGAGAGGUGCCUGCCUUGCUUUACGUGCCUUCCACUUGCGACGAGUCAAGCCUGCAUUUUACUCACUCAGGCUGGCAGCGGUGCCGGGCAUCUAUCGGCUAUCGACGUCCCUCCGACUUCCAAAACCUUCGCCGUCUUCCAUCCCGAGUCCACGGUGCCAGGUUGGGUCGAGGUCCAAAAUGCGUACCAUACGCCCCUCUGACCCCUCGUCUGAACUUUGCCUUCACCUUCAUUCACUCCUUGCCCCAGACAGUGCUCGGGUUUGCUUUACGACACACAGGCUCUCUCACUCUUCUUCCUUCACGCCCCGGUCCUCCUCGUGAAACCAUACUUCGCCGGCUGACAAAGACAAGCCGCCGCUUACAUUCCUCACCAUAACCUCACCUCAACCUCACCUCUAGGGACGUCACGCA